UUGUCGGAGUUAUAGGCGCAAUUCCAGACAGUUGACAGUUAGCAGGGUGGAGUGUACUGACUGUACGUCUAUCUUUUCACUUUCGGGUUACACGAAACGAAAGUGUGAGCAAAAAAAAACUGAGAAACAAAAAAAAAGGACAAUGUUGCCGAAAAUGUUCCCAGCGGUAGCACUUUGUUUGUUGUUGGUGUUGGGGACACCUGUACUGAGGGGGACAUGUACGACUUUUGUGGAGGACGCGUUCACCAUCCAGCACUCUAUCACAGGGAGCUGUUUAUCCGCUCAGGACUCAGGAAGUUUAGGUCUUUCGGCGUGUGAUGCAAACAGCACGUCCCACUUGUGGAAGUGGGGCUCGGGUCACCACCUCUUUCACGUGGAGACCUCCCUCUGCUUGGCGUUGGACGUCCACACCAAGUUUUUGUCCCUGGUGGACUGCGGCUUGGACAUCUUGCUGUGGUGGCGCUGCCUAGAUGGCGCCGUGUUCACCGUCUACCAAAUGGGUUUGGUGGUCAGCGGAGGCCAGUUAGGAGCCAAAAGGAACACCCGUGACAUGUGGGUAAGAGGAGGAUCUCAGGACAGCAUCUGCCAGACGCCAUAUCGCGUAAUUCACACCUUCAACGGGAACUCUACUGGCGCUCCCUGUGAGUUCCCCUUCAAGUACAAUGGAAGCUGGCACCACGGAUGCCUCCCAGAUUCUGACUUGCCGGGACUCUCCUGGUGCUCCACCUCCUCCGACUAUGAUCAUGACAGACAGAUGGGAAACUGUCUAAAACCUGAGAACGGUUGCCAGACGCUGUUUACCGGGCCGGAGGGGAACUCCUGCUAUGAGUUUGUCCCCAAUGCCGCCGUGACCUGGCAGCAAGCUCUAGAUUCCUGUCGGAGCCAAGGAGCAGAUUUGCUUAGUGUGUCUAGCCCGGAUGAUCUCCACUCCUCUACAUUUUUAGACGGCCUCAAGAUGAUGCCUGAGAGAAUGUGGAUAGGCCUCCAUCAGUUAGACACGUCUCAGGGCUGGCAGUGGUCAGACGGCUCCCCGCUCUCAAUCGUCCGCUGGGAACCAGGAAUGCGCCCCAACUCCCUAAUCAUUGAGUCAGACUGUGGAGUCCUAAACUCCAAGCAGAACUAUGAAGCUGAAGCAUGCAGCAAACAACUGCCGUACAUCUGCAAGAAGAUAGUCAACGCUACUCAGUCAACGCCAACAGAGUCACUCAUGUAUAAAGACACAGUGUGUGGUCCUGGUUGGGUGCCAUGGAAUGGCUGGUGUUAUAAGUUAGUGACAGACAACCCUUCAAACUUCACCGAUGCGCAGCAGUACUGUAACCGCACAGAGGGAGGAAGCUCUCUGGCCAGCCUCCACUCCAUCGACAGCAAGGAGAUGAUCAGCACAGGUUUUGAUGCAGGUGGCCUGAGGUUAAAUGUGUGGAUCGGUCUGGUCGGAGAGGGUGUGAAUCCCUCUGUCUUUAAAUGGGUGGACCAGACUCCAGUCACCUUCACGUUCUGGGACCCAAAUGAGCCGGUGCAGCCUUCGCAGGAUACCAGCUGCGUUUUCUACUCCACGUCUCAUGGUUGGCACGUUGGGAGCUGUUCUGAGAUGCUAGCUUUCAUGUGUCAGACAAAAGGAGAAGUCAGCGAAUCAUCGGGGACGGCCGGCUGUCGCUUUGAGGAUGGAUGGAGGAGACACAGCAACGCUUGUUACCGAGUGAAUACCACACAGGUGUCCUUCAAAGAUCGCUGUCACAUCACCAUAAGAAACAGGUUUGAGCAGGCCUUCGUUAGCCGUUUGCUUGGAGAUUAUAUUAGUAAUACGCCUCAGUACUUCUGGAUUGGACUGCAGGAUGUUAAGAACACAGGAGAGUAUCAAUGGCACGGCCAGAAUGAUUCCCAAGGCGUAGUUACAUAUACCAAUUGGGGCUCUUUAGAACCAGAGUGGGAUGGAGGUUGUGUUGUGAUCUCCACUGCAAACCACCUGGGCAAGUGGGAAGUGAAAAACUGUACUGUCUUUAGGGCCGGCACCAUUUGCAGGACAGACCUCAGUCCUGUUGUGCCACCAGAACCAGAGCCAGACCUCACCACGCCAUGCCCGGACGGAUGGGUAUCCUUACCAGACUCCAAAUACUGCUUUAAGGUGUUCCACGAGGAAAGGCUCAGUCGGAAGCGGUCAUGGGAGGAAGCUGAGAGGUUUUGCCAGGCCCUUGGAGCCAACCUGCCCAGCUUCACCAGUGUGGACGAGAUGAGAGCGCUGCAUGGAAUCAUAAGAGACACCAUCAGUGACGAUCGCUACUUCUGGGUUGGCCUGAACAGAAGGAACCCAGCCGACCGCUCCUGGCAGUGGAGUGAUGGCCGUCCUGUACCCAUGGAUGUUUUACAUCAUGACUACCAUGAGGAUGAUGCAUACAGUCUGGACUGCACUGCAUUUAAGACAAUGAGGAGAACCAUGAAGCAUCUCUAUAUGUUUUUACUCCAUGACCUUCUUCCUGCAACUUUCUAUGCAUCACAGUUUCACUGUGAUGCUAGGCUGGAAUGGGUGUGCCAGCUCCCUCGCGGAAAGCCACCAAAGUAUCCAGACUGGUACAAUCCAGGUGUGCACCAUGAGACGUCCAUCUUCAUAGAUGGUGGCGAGUAUUGGUUUGUGAAUGAGCCCCAGCUGACUUUUGAGGAGGCAAUACUGUUUUGCAAUAUGAACGGCAGCAAACUAGCUUCCCCGCCAAGCUCCACUGCCGCCAGACUCAUCCACGAGAACCUACAAAAGAUGUCAAGUUCUCCAAAGCAAGGCUGGUGGGUCAAUCUGAGAGAUCCCAAGUGGAUGUUUCCCAUGACGCAAUCACGGCUACACUUCUAUUACUCAGUGCUCUUUGGCAGAUGCACCUCCAUCAGUCCUGAGAGCUCUUUUCCAAAGUAUGAGCACAGUUGCAGGCAGCGGUUGGCCUUUGUGUGCGAAAGACUCAACAUCACCAAUGUGGAGAAUACCCCUCUGGAGCCUCAUCCUGGAAGCAUGCCAUGUGGAAAUCACUCCCUGGCCUUCAGAAAUAAGUGCUACAUACUGCUGCAGAACGUGAAGCGACUGUCAUUCAAGACUGCCAAUGAGGUGUGCCUGUCAGUGAGGGGAACCCUGGUUACCAUAUCUGACCAAGUGGAACAAGACUUCAUCACCAGUCUGUUGCCAAGAAUGAAGGACAUGGGAGGCAUAUGGAUUGGUCUCAAACACAAACACUACAAACUGGAAUGGCUGGACAAGUCGCCAGUGAAUUACGUCAAUUUCCAUCCACUGCUUGUUGGAAUGCAUAAGGCCAUAAAUGUCAAUACGCUUGACCCAGACAACAUGGAUGUGUGUGUAUUUUUAAUCAAUAACACUAAUUCGGCCGUAAUGGGUACCUGGGACUACACCACCUGCACCCAGUAUCAUUAUGGGGCAGUUUGCCAACAUUAUGCAGAUCAACUCGAGGAGCCUUCCGUCACGUCAGACCCCUUCCAGGUCAACAACCACACCUUCCAGCUACUCGUCAAGAACCUCACCUGGUUUGAAGCCUUGGAGCAGUGCAUGAACCAGGACAUGAAUCUGGCGAGUGUGGCCGACACCUUACUGCAGUCCACGCUCAGUGUGCACGUGAACCGUGCGCGCACACCCAUGUGGAUCGGCCUCUUCAGUGAAGAUGACGGGAUCCACUAUCGCUGGACGGACCACAGUCACACCGUCUUCAGUCGCUGGUCUUCUGAGGUCACCGCAGGCUCCUGCGUCUAUCUGGACACCGACGGCUUCUGGAAAGCCACCGAGUGUGAGCAGGAGCUCGGAGGCGCCAUUUGCCACAAACCGCACAAAGAAAUCAUAACCACACCGGCGGACGUCGCGGAGAAGUGCCCCCACAAAAUAAAUGGCCCAAACUGGAUCCCCUUCAAGAACAACUGCUACGCCUUCCAGCUGGCCGCGUCCAGAUGGGAGCGGAUGGACCAAGGCCCCGUCCGCCAAACCUGCAUGAACCUUUACAAAGGCGCCGACAUCCUAACCAUCCGGAACGCGGAGGAGAACGAGUUUAUCAGGCAGCAACUUGUACCCUUCCAAAACUUGGUUCAGUUUGUGUGGCUGGGGCUGUUCCAGAACAAAACUGUAGGGAGCCAGUUGAGGUGGUACGAUGGCACAAACGCCCAAUAUUCCAACUGGAGAAACGGUAGACCGGAGGUGGCUGGCGACUUCAUGGCAGGUCUCAAUCUCCAAGGCAAAUGGGUUCUCGUCACCAACCAAAUGUUAUUCUCCGAGUUCAAGCAAAGAGCCAUUGUGACCUGCAAACUGGAUAAUGAACCAAAACAGGAGUACUCCAAGUCCACCAGGGACUUUCAGCACUUUGGCAAUUUAAGCUACGAGGUGGUGACGCGAUGUGAGCUGAGUUGGUACCAGGCUGUGGAGGAGUGCGCUCAGCGUGGUGGCCACCUGGCCAGCGUGCACGACGCACAGCAGAACGCGCACGUCAAGCUCCUCGCCAAGACCGACGGCUUCCCGCUUUGGAUUGGCCUGUCCAAGCAGGAGGCCGGCAGGGAGUCCUACGAGUGGUCCGACGGGACCGGGUACCAGUACAAAGCGGACAUCUCGGAGUCUCUGGAGGGCUCCACUGCGGACGAGCGAGAGGUGGGCUGCGUUUUGGUGAUGCCCUCCGGUGCCUGGGUGCGGAGCAGCUGCUACUCGCUGAUAGAUGGCGCCAUCUGCUACACCACCAACAUCAGCACCCCAUCCCAAAGAGCCAAGCUGCAGGCGGCAGCAAAGGUCAACCAGUGCCCUCAGAGCAACGGGGCGUCCAAGUGGGUGCAGUACGAGGACCGCUGCUACGCCUUCGACAUGAGCUUCUACAACUACACAGUCUACGACAUGCAGCGGGCCAAGAGCAUCUGUCGGAACAUGGACGCUCAAUUACUGUCCGUAAAAAGCAAAGAGGAGAACGACUUUGUGUCCAAAUAUCUAAGCGACGACCCGCUCGUCACCAGCCGAGUGUGGCUCGGCGUCGGCCUCGAUGCUCAAGGUGCUCCCCCAACCUGGGAGGACGGUUCAGCGCUGUCCUACUCCAACUGGAAGUCGGGCGCCUCGGUUAGCGCGGGGGAGCGGAAGGGGGCCCCGUGCGCCGUCACGGACGGCGGCAGCUGGAGUGUCGUCAGCUGCGACGAGAGCCUCAGUCGCGUCGUCUGCCAGACCGAAGCCAAGUCCUUCGGUUCUCCCGUGGCCGUGGUCUUCUUGGUGGUCGCGCUGCUAGCUCUCGCGCUAGCUGUGGCCUUCAUUGUGUACAGAAAGAAGAGAGCCCACUUCUCCUCCUCGGUCCGCUACAAGAGGACCGCGGACCAGUCAGACACCACCAGUAUUCUCACAGAGGCCGAAUGAGCCCACCGGAAGUGUCGUCUCAGGGAGUUUGGCUGUACCCCCAACCCGCCCCUUUCCUUCCUACCCACCCUUUUUAUUUCAUUAUUUAUUUAUUUAUCAACUCUCCCACCUGCUUCUAUGAAGAGUGUAAAUGUGAUCAAACUGCUUAAUACACUGUCUUAAUUUGGAUUAUUUCAAAAUUUUAAAGUACAGUGAACCUCCAUGGAUUGCGGAAGCUACAAACAACAAAACAAUGGAAGCUAUAUUAGCAGCGGGUUACCGAGAAACGUAGGCAAUCUGGCAGUACAUGUGGCUCAAUUUUUGUCGAAAUGGGUGCGUCCUGCCUAGAACUCAGUGGGAUUAUUAACAUAUCAUCAAGUCCUCUCUGAGUUUAUCAUUGUGGCACAAACAUUAACCGUUCGACACAGACAAUAUGAUUGAGUACUGUUAUAUUGUCUGUGUACAUAUUGUUGAACCAUUUUUGUGUUUAAUCUGUUGUUUUGCAUCCAGUAGACCUUAGUGCUGCCUGUACAAAUGUAAAAAUGUAUCUGUUGCUUUUGCAUCCAGUAGACCUCAGUGCUGCCUGUAUAAAUGUAAAAAUUAAUCUGUUGCUUUUGCAUCCAGUAUACCUUAGUGCUGCCUGUAUAAAUGUAAAAAUCCAUAAAAAAUACAUAUCGCUUAAAAAGCCGCGAUAUAGCGAAUGCCUAAAAGAUAAACCAAGAUAUAGCAGAGGUUCACUGUACUUAAUACUACAUUGGUUGGAUGUUGCGGUUCCUUUUCCCAAAAUUUAGUUAUUUUCAAAGUGUUAAUAACAAUUCCCAAAAUUUAGUUAUUUUCAAAGUGUUAAUAACAAACUGUCUCUGCCCGGGCAGGUUCGAUUGAACUCACAGUUUGGGAGAAUUUGCUUUCAGUUUUGUUAUUAAAUAUCAUACAAUUUAAGAUAAUCUCUGGAAAAAGAGAGAUGUUAAGACAUGUGCCUUAUUAAAUAAGGGGGUGGGGUGGGGGGGGGGGGGGGGGGGAGAUUUAUAUAAAAAAAAAAAAGCUCGCUCUCAUUGUGCCUUUUGGAUGUCUUGAAAAGAAAUGGGAGCUGUCGCGUCACUGGAAAAGCUUUUUGUUAACUUUGUUAGGACAAGUCAAUGACCUGCGAUGGGCCAUGACGAGUCACGCAUUUUCAUGAUUAAUGGCUAGUUGUCCUUCUGAUGAGGAGUCAGACGUUUAUACCCGCUGCCGUUGCCACUGACUUUUCCACGCACUUGACUACUGAGCAAGAAUGCACUUUAACAGCAAAUCGUUUAAUACACAUGUUGGGGGUUCGUAUUGUGUACACCUGUUUGCUGGACAAGAUUUGUACAUGUGUGGUGUUUGCCUUGGAAACAAACCAAAGAUGCUUCAUUUCUAUUGAAUGUCAAACCUGAUUUUUUCUUUAAAACUGGUUCAUAAACACAUUUGUGUUAAGGUCUAAAGCUGACGGGUUUUUUUUCUAAAAAUCAGGUCAUAUCAGGUACGACAUUACUAAUAAAACGUUCCUCUCGUAA